GUGAAAACAGAGACUCAAAUAUCGUGGAAUCCUGUGCGACUUCAAUGUUGUUCGUGCCCUAUAAGCUACGUCAGAAGGGCCUUAAAGAUGCACAGCAUAUUGCCUCGUCUUCUUACCUGGAUGAUAGCCGCGCUUCUCGUUUGGAUCAACAGGAUCAAACUCGAUCUGGCAAUGCCGGCAAGUCUCGCGAGCUUUUCGCUUUCGUGAAGGUGUGCCGUUGCGUUGCUUCUGCGAAAAGUAGGCGUUUGCCAAGUCCAUGCACAGUGGUGGCGAAUGCACCAUCAUACGAAGAAACAUCCGCAAGGUCCGUGUCGAGGUCAUCUCACAUCUCGAUGGCGCGGUCAACGUUUGGGACAUCGCCGGAGCCUGGAAUCCUGUCUCGCUGCGCAAAGUUGUCGUCUCCGCCUUUCGACUUCCCAUACAAGAAGUCCUGCUCUCCAGCACUCCAUUGCAUCUAUGUCCGAAUCUGCAGCAUCGUGGUCUUGACGGCGAUACCACCGAGACGCUGGAGAAGAUGGCUCACCUCCACGGUAACCCAUCGUGUUUCCAAUGCUGAUGUGACUCUCGGUGUGCUGUCAUGGGACGCUUGUGCUCAAGCUGAAGUUGAGAUAGCGUUGAUUGUCUCCGGGUUUUAGCGUGCAAGGGUUGCAGCGGAUUGCUCGCAUUUACGGACAUGCUCGGUAGUGGUAGAGUCGAUUAUAGGAUCGAGAUGUAGCCAUUUUUGCUAGCUAAAUCGGGUAU